AAUAUGGCCGAAACGUCAAAUUUAGUUCAUACAUUCGCCGCGGGACAUCUUUCGUGGCUACUUAUCUAUUUUAUUGAUUAAACUGAAAAAUUAGUUUAGAUUUCUAAAAUAAAAGCACGCCUAUAUUACUUGCUCUGUGAAGCACGCCAAGUGUCUAGAUAAAUAGGUAUAUAUUUUAAUGUUCAUACAACUUUCUCAUUGCGUUGAAGAUAUUCUCUCAUGUCUGGGUUGUCUUACUUGUGUGAAUACGGUGGAUCUGAUGAAAGCGAGUCUGAAGAAGUAACAAAGAAACCAAAAUUACCGCCUCCAGAUUUAAGUAAAAUAUCUACUAUUCCCAUUGAUAGUCAUCUUGAUGAUCCAGAUCAACAUAAUGGUCGCCUUCGAUCAUUUCCUCAUAUAAGAGGAAAUUGGGCAACAUAUGCAUACAUACAAUAUCCACAAUAUGACAAUUUAAAUGAGUUAUUAGUGCAAUUCAAGGAAGUAGUAAGAACAAUUAAUGAACCCAGCUAUUUAUGUGAUAAUUUACAUAUCAGUGUGACUAAGACCAUUGUAUUGAAGUAUCAUCUAAUCUCAGAAUUUACUACAUCUCUUCAAGAUUCAAUUAAAAGUUUAGAAAGUUUUGAACUGGGAUUUCAAUCUGUGGCGGUGUACACUAAUGAGGAAAAGACUCGGACAUUUCUUGCAUUAAAAACAGAUCAUUUCAGUAAGAAGUAUCUUUUAAAAAUAACUGAAAGUAUUGAUGCGGUGCUGAGUGAAUUUAGCUUACCCAAGUUUUAUGAGGAUCCUUCAUUUCAUAUGAGUAUUUUAUGGUGGAACGGUGACUGGAAAAACAUAAUCUCAGAAAAAAUUGAAGAGUUAAAUGGAAUUUUGAUGAAAGACAGUGAAGUUGCUCUCAAUACUGUGACUAUAAAGAAAGUGGACUGCAAAGUUGGAAACAGAUUUUAUCAAUUUUGUUUAGAUUGCAAUGGAGGAUAA